CUCAAGCCUAUUUGAAUCAUAUUUGUGAUGAAGGAUGUGUGCUUUGUUCAAAAUUGUUGUCUCUGAAGUGGGACUCUAGAAUUUUCGGUUCCCUUACUAUCUUUUAGCUGAUUUGAGAGGUUUGAUUUAUUACUGCAAUGGAUUGCAACAAAGAAGAGGCUACAAGGGCGAAAGUUUUAGCAGAGGAAAAGAUGGAGGCUGGUGAUUUCGUUGGAGCUCAUAAACUGGCCACCAAGGCUCAGAGACUCUUCCCCGAACUGGAAAACAUACAGAAGAUGGUAGCCGUGUGUGAUGUGCAUUCUUCUGCUGAUAAGAAAAUUAAAGGGCUUGACGAUUGGUAUGGUAUUCUUCAGGUUCAGCUUUCUGAUGAUUUUGAAACUAUCAAGAAGCAAUACAGAAAGCUUUGCCUGCUGCUGCAUCCGGAUAAGAACAAGUUUCCUGGUGCGGAGGCUGCUUUUAAGUUUGUUGGGGAGGCAAAUAGAUGGCUCUCUGAUCAGAUCAAACGGUCUCAGUAUGAUGUCAGAUACAGAUCACAUUCACUGUUUGCUAGGAAAGAGUCGAAUGCAAACUCUUGUCGCAACUCUUCAUCUGGAACUGCUGCUGCGGUGAAUAUUGCAAGUGGAUUAACGUUUUGGACGUGUUGCAGAAACUGUGGCCACAGGUAUAAAUACUUGAAAGUUUAUAUGAACCAAGUUAUGCACUGUUCCUCUUGCCAGAGAUCUUACACUGCCUGCAACAUCGGGUCUGAUGGAGUGCCAUGUAGUAGUUCAACAGCUGGUGCAAAAAAAUCUCAAGAUCAAGAGACAUCUCGGCAGCAACCUUGUACAGGAGCAGAAUCAGGAAGUUCAGCAGCUGAGAUGGAUAAGAAUGGGACAGUCGGAGGGAAACUCAACAAGAGGAAGCGGGAAAAACAGAAAAGAGGAUCUGGUAACAAGAAACCCAAGAAAGAUGAGGGUUAUACAGAGAGUGACGCUGAAGGAGGAAGACCCCAGAACGGUGAGACUGUCAAAAAUAACAAUGUGGAAGUACCCAAACCUGAUGUAUUGAAGCCGCAGCCUGAAGUAAAAGAACCUGAGACUAGUGCAGCAGCUGAGAUGGAUAAGAAUGGGACAGCCGGAGGAAAACUCAACAAGAGUAAUCUGAAAAGACAGAAAAGAGGGUCUGAUAACAAGAAACUCAAGAAAGAUGAUGAUUAUACAGGUAGUGACGCUGAAGGAGGACCCCAGAAAGGUGAGACAGUAAAAAAUAACUCUGUGGAAGUACCUAAACCUGAUGUAUUGAAGCCGCAGCCUGAAGUAAAAGAACCUGAGACUAGUGCAGCAGCUGAUAUGAAUAAAGAGAGUGAAGGCUGUGAUCGCAAUGGAGAAGACGAAGCUUUGUCGAGCAAGAUGGGUGAAGUUGAAAAUGGACACAAAGCUGAUGAAAAUCCUAGCACGCUGGAUAUACCUGAUCCAGAAUUUAAUGUGUUUGAAGAUGAACGGAAACCAGAAAAUUUUGCAGUCAAUCAAGUGUGGUCUACCUGUGAUUCUAGAGAUGGUAUGCCACGGAGAUAUGCUCGGGUAAGGAAAGUGUUGGCUUCCGGUUUCAAGCUGCGAAUCACCUACCUAAAGCCUGUUCAGGAAAAAUAUGAUGAAAGCAUUCCAGUUGCAUGGGGAAAGUUCAGUAAUGGAGAGAUAGAGGAUGUCGAGAACCGAUCUACUUUUUCAUGUCAGAUGCUUCACACGGUAUGCAACAAGGUUGUUUCCAUAUAUCCAAGGAAAGGAGAAAUUUGGGCUAUGUUCAGGGAUUGGGAUGAGGAUUCGAACACUCCAAAAAAUCAUGAAUUGCCAUAUAAGUAUGACUUCGUGGAAAUUGUGAACGAUUUUGAGGAAGAGGUUGGUAUUGGAGUGGCUUAUUUGGGAAAAGUUAAAGGGUUUGUUUCUAUAUAUCAGCGGGAGGCGAAGAAUAGCGUGCUUCAGGCUCAGUUUACUCCAGAACAGAUGCUUAGAUUUUCUCACAAAGUUCCAGCAGUUAAAAUGACUGGAAUGGAUAAAGAGUCUGUUCCAGCUGGCUCAUAUGAACUGGACCCGACUGCACUGCCAAAAGAUAUAUUUCAGGUUGAAGCGGUGGAUAGUGAGACAAUGAAAGGAAAAGCUGAUAGUCCUUAUCCUGAAGCUCCGGAGAUUGAAGUGAAUGCCAAGCCUGUUCCAGAGAUCGUUCCAUCUCCUCCAAGGAAACGUCAAAAAUCUGAUGAUUGUGGCGGAUGCAGUAACAGUGAUAAGGUUUGUUCAACAUCUGUGUCAAUUGGGGAAGCCAAAGGCGAAGCUAGCAGUACCAAGGAUUCUUCUUGUCAAGUUAAUAAAAAGAGCACACCGAACGGGUCUAGAAAGAAUGGGGAGGCGUCAGAUGCCUUCAAACUGCGAAAAUCUCCUCGUCUUCAAACAACUCCAAGCCAACAAAGAGAGGAGAAGAAAACUGCUAAACAAGUCGCUAAGAUGAAUACCCCAAAGACAACUGAUGAGGGGCUCGUGACAGAUUCUUUGGGAAUAAACAAAUCUCCUAAAGGCAUACAGCAACAGGUAGAAAGUCAGGUUGGAGAAGGCUUGAAGAAAAGAGGACGUAAUGGUGCCUUACCGUCUAUCUCCAAGCAGAAUGAUUUGCCAGCUCAGUUGGAUGGCUCUACUAACAAGCUCCUUGAGUCAACAACUCCUUCGUCAGCAAGUUGCAAAACACCGCAGAGAAAUGCCUUCGACUUCAAGAACGAGAGAUCUGAAGACAAACUCCGACGUGAGCAGAUAUGGGCUGUUUAUAGUGACAAGGGAAUGCCCACAGAGUACGUGAAGAUCAGGAAAGUGGAAACCAAGACUGAAACCUUGUUACACGUAGCCCAAAUGAAGCUGUGUCCGCCAUCGACUGAACCCGUAACUCGCCAUGUGUCUUGUGGGGAGUUCGAAGUGGAAACAGGAAAACCCAAAAUCCUUCCUCUAACGAGCUUCUCACAUCGGGUCAAAGCCUUUGACAGUAGGAAGAAGAUAGUCAAAGUAUACCCAAGGAAAGGUGAGAUAUGGGCUAUCCGUAAGAACGGUGAUAGCACCGAAGAAGAUCAUGAUAUCGUAGAAGUAGUGGAAGGUUACAGUGAAGGGAAGAGCAUAAAAGCGAUGGCUUUGACUGCUAAAGGCUUCAGUUCUAUAUACACAAGGAAGCAUGGGUCAGGUGUGGGUUCGGUAGAGAUUCAAAAGGCGGAAUUGAGUAGGUUUUCUCAUCAGAUUCCGGCUGUCAAACAGGAGAAGAGAGCAACAAGGCUAGCUGAAGGAGGAUACUGGGAGCUUGACCCUGCCGCAAUUCCAGGUCGCACCACCAUAGUCAUAGACUGACCACAGAGUUCCGCAAAGUAUGCAUUCAGUUUUCUUAUAUCAAAUACUAUCUGUAGGUAAGUGUUAUUUCAUCAAGUGAAGCUUAAUGUUUGGUGAUUGUCAAGAAGAGUAUCAGAUUAUAGUAUUGCCUUUUGUUGGGGGAUAGCUUAUGAGUUAUGACUUGUUUUUGCAGGCUUUGUUUCUCUGUUAUAUUGUCUUUC